AUGCCUCGCCUGCGCUCUAUCGGUAUUCUGGCAGGGCUCGCUGGAGGUGUCUUCCUCCUUGUCCUGCUCGCGGAGUUGUACGCCAUAGAAUCCCAGCGAUGGAAACACCGUGAACCUUCGCUUCCAUCGAGUCGAGACUUCUCUUUGGGUGACGACUUUCGGCCGCAUCCGCUCGACCUCGCCGUAGGCGCUGAUCCCGUUGACCCCGCAUACCCCGCGCCGGCUCUCACAUUGAUCGUCCUCUGGUACCCGCCAGCGAUUCCCGACACACGUACGGAACUACUUCCCAACUUCCUCGCGAGCGCUGCCGCCAACCCGUCCGUCGACGUGCUCAUCUUGAAGUUCGACAAAGAUAACGUGGGAUCUGCAUGCGACCCACUUGCAACUGCGGUCGAGGCGCCUAAUGUUCGCGAAGUUUGUCUAGAGAUGGAGGAGUACUAUACUCUACACGUGGAUUACUUGUGCGGGCAAUGGAGAUGCGACGAUGCGCAGAGGAGGCGGACGAGGCAGCUUGUAGAGCAACGUACAAGGUCAGAUCGUGUCAACUCGCUAUAUCGUCCAUUCCGCGCGGAGAUCUUCAAGAAGUAUCUCCACCCCGAUCUCAAGCUUUGGGGAUGGGCUGAUACCGAUCUCUUCUUGGGCUCCUUCGAGCGAAUGUUCCCUUGGGACGUCGCCCACGACUUCGACGUGCUCUUCUCCGCUUGGCCAUCGAACAUGGACGACAUACACGUCUUCGUUCCCGGCCACCUAGCCAUAUUCCGCCGCGACGCAGCUGUAGCUGCAGAAUUCAUGAAAGUCGACUGGCUAUCGAGCUUCAGCAGCUUCGAGAACAUGCCUUUCACGCCCACUGAAGCGACAGAAGAGGCAGAGUUCAGCCAUCUGUUGUUCAUGCGCACGGGCCUCUCUUUCCUUCGUUUCGACGCACUUGCCGACUCACAGUACCACGUCAGUACUCUUGGUGGCGUAUUUGCGCUAGAGGACCCCACAGCUGCCAUGCUUGCGCUGGACGACUAUGAUGCAGUAGCGCAUAUACCCAUACCUGGGCGUGCUUACAACGAGAGCGCGCCGCCCACCGCGGGUGAAGUCCUGCUAGCCAGCCGCGCACAUAUCACGACUGUAGUCCGACAGCGCCUACGAGACGCGCAUCGUCGCAGCACCUUCAGCCCCGAAGGUCGUGAAGUAGCGGUCGACCUUCUCAACGACAAGCACGCAGAUCACGGCCUGGUGUACUGGUUCCCAGCAGACUUCGCAGUCUACUACCACAGCUCGCUCGGCCGCGACAUGCUCAUGCACGGCCGCGACACACGGCGCUUCCUCAUGCGCCGCCAGCGCGGCGGUCCCGUAACAGAACGCUUCGAGCCCGAGGUGCGUCUCGCGUUUGGAAGCCAUAGCACGCGUCCGCGCCCGUGGCUGCGCGAGGCGAUCUACACGCACUUCCAGCGCGAGAAGAGCGCGGAGUGGUGGAGCAUGCCGAUGCGCGCGAUUGCGCCGGGGGAGAUGCUGUAUGUUGAUAGGGAGGCUAGCGCGCAUUUGUGGGAUGCGCGAGCGCAUAUAGUUUGGGAGAACUCGAAGGUAUCGGUUGCGCACUGA